UCACUCCCUCCUUCGUCUUCAGAGCUCUUCCGCACCGCCGUCCGGCUUUGCGCUGCGUUCUUACUUCUCCUUAGUGCUUCUUCCUUUUCUUUUCUCUCUGGUUGGAAAGGUUUCGGAAGUGUCGGGAAAAUGGCCGGCGGUGGGUUUGUUGAGACCCGUGAAAUGAAGAACUACGCAGGGAAGGUCACGCUGUUCGUCGUCUUUACCUGUAUAGUCGCUGCUACCGGCGGUCUCAUCUUCGGAUACGAUAUCGGGAUUUCAGGUGGAGUGACGUCCAUGGACCCAUUCCUGGUGCGCUUCUUUCCGUCGGUGUACCGGAAGAUGGAAGCCGAUAGGAGCCAGAAUCAGUACUGCAAAUUCGACAGCCAGCUUCUAACGACGUUUACAUCGUCCCUCUAUGUCGCCGGACUCAUUGCCUCGUUCUUUGCAUCGACGGUGACUCGAAUGUUCGGGAGAAAGCCGUCCAUGCUCUUCGGCGGUCUUACCUUCCUUGUCGGUGCGGCCGUCAACGGCGCGGCCAAGAACGUGGCCAUGCUCAUCAUCGGUCGCAUUCUGCUCGGUAUCGGCGUCGGGUUCGCCAAUCAGUCUGUACCAGUCUAUCUUUCUGAAAUGGCACCGGCGAAUCUGAGGGGAGCCCUCAACAUUGGCUUCCAACUGUUCAUCACGAUAGGCAUCCUGGCCGCUAACCUCGUCAACUACGGCACCAAUAAGAUCAAGGGCGGAUGGGGCUGGCGCGUGAGUCUGGCCCUGGCCGCCGUGCCUGCCGUGAUCAUGACCGUCGGGGCGCUCUUCCUCCCCGACACCCCCAACUCACUGAUCGAGCGUGGCCACCAAGAGCGGGCCAAGCAGAUGCUCCAGCGCAUCCGCGGAACCACCGAGGUGGACGAGGAGUUCCAGGAUCUCAUCGAGGCCAGCGAGUCGUCCAAGCAGGUGAAGCACCCGUGGGCCAACAUCGUGUCACGCAAGUACCGGCCUCAAUUUGUCAUGGCCCUCGUCAUCCCCUUCUUCCAGCAGCUCACCGGCAUCAACGUCAUCAUGUUCUACGCUCCCGUCCUCUUCAAGACCAUCGGCUUCGGCAACAACGCCUCCCUUAUGUCCGCCGUCAUCACAGGGGUGGUGAAUGUCGUGGCCACGCUCGUCUCCGUUUACUGCGUGGACAAGUAUGGGCGUCGGUUCCUUUUCCUCGAAGGGGGGAUCCAGAUGUUCUUGUGCCAGGUGGUGAUUGGAAUCAUCCUUGGGCAGAAGUUCGGACUCUCCGGCACAGGCAGUCUGACCAAGAGCGAGGCCAACCUGGUGGUCUUCUUCAUCUGCGCCUACGUUUCCGCCUUCGCCUGGUCCUGGGGUCCCCUCGGAUGGCUGGUGCCCAGCGAAAUCUUCCCCCUGGAGAUCCGUUCGGCUGGUCAGAGCAUCAACGUCUCCACGAACCUGCUCUUCACCUUCGCCAUUGCCCAGGCCUUCUUGGCCAUGCUCUGCCACUUCAAGUUCGGCCUCUUCUUCUUCUUCGCCGGGUGGGUCCUCAUCAUGACGACGUUCAUCUACUUCUUCCUCCCCGAGACCAAGAACGUCCCUAUCGAAGAGAUGAUCCUUGUUUGGAGGAAGCACUGGUUCUGGGGCAAGGUCCUGCCGGCCGACGACGAGAUGGUCGAGAUGCAGAAGCCGAAGACCUCAGCGUAGAUGGCCACGAUUUUAAUGAUAAAUGAUGCAUAAUACACGUUGUCAAUGAACAUUUCAAAUCCCAUCCUCCUCAGUUCUUUAUUAUUCAAUGUUUUCGGGAGCAUGUCCCAUAGUAAUGAGAUAGUCAUAGAUAGAUAAGCCUUUAGCUUAAAUGACAAAAGUAGCCGUCUCGGUCUGUUUCUUUU